AUGCUCGAGGCCCCCCUACCCCAUCCUCCAGGACCCCUCUCCCCGUAGCUCCUUUUACUGACCCACUUCUGAGGUUUCUUCGAGGCACUAGAAAGGCCAUUCUGUGAGUGUCCUCCAGGGACCGGAGGGGCUUUGCGGCCAGAAUGGACAGGCGGAGCGGAUGCUGAGGCUGCAGGGGGAGUUCCGUAUUGCAAGGACGAGACACGGCUUGGAAGACAAUGGGCUCCUCACACUGGGGCCCGACCAGAAGGUUUUCCUUGGCUGGCUUCUCCUUGACUUUCUCCGUGAUGAUAGUGUGCCUCAGCCAAACCGUUGGAAAGGCCCCCCAAAGGACGCCUCGCCAGGCCUCUGAGGACGACAGCUCCGGAAGCCGAGCGCGGGGAGCCUGGGGCGCCUGGGGCGCCUGGUCGGGGUGCUCGCAGCCCUGUGGCCUGGGGGUGCUGGAGCGCAGCCGUGUGUGCCAGUCCCCCUAUCCGCGGGUCCCCUGGGCCGGGAGGACCGAGCCGGUCCCACAGCCUGCCUAUCCCCAGCAGCCCCCCUACCCAGAGGAGAGAGCCGCCAGCCCCUAUCCUGCCCGGCCGGCCUACCCGCUCCAUACCGAGAGGAACGUCAGGCCAGCCCUGAGCUUCCGCGGCGGCACUUCCGUGCUGCCCCUGCACAGCCAGCCCCGCUCUGCGCACACCCCCUACGGCCCCCAGAGCCGCUACACCCGCCACGAGGCCUUCCCCGCGGAGGAGCUGCCCCUGGCUCCGUCCCGGGAUGCCGGUGCCCCGCACCCCGGCCCCCAGAGGGACUCCCCCCCACCAAGACCCCUGGGGAGCCAGCUGGGUAGGCAGGACCACCUCGGCCACAUGUCCCAAAGCCCCCUGCUCGGCACCCACGUCGCGCCUCCCAGGCAUGGCACCCCGGCCAGCGCCCCCACCCGUAACGUUGUCCCCCUCUUCAAGACAGUGAGGCGGGACAGUCCCGACAGGCUCCGGCCGGCCAGCCAGGCAGACAGCAGCCCGUACGGCUGGGGGGGAGCGCCCACGCCCGAGGCCCAGGCGGCUCACAGGUCUAGGGUUCGAGAGACUAUCAAGCCCGGCAAGUAUGGCUACGGAAAAGUGCCCUUUGCCUUGCCCCUCCACAAGGACACAGCCGAGAGGAGGGCGCCCCGCUUUAAAAGGCACCAGGGGGACCCGGCUGGCGGGCCGCCCCCACCGCCCCCUCCGCCUCGGCCUCCACUCAAGAAGCAGAAAGGCAAAGCCACCCUCUCCGCCUCCCGUGAGGAGGCUGCCCGUCAGGAGAAGGAGCCGCUGGCCACCAGGGCUGGCCUGCAGGCCCCGCGCCCCCCAAAAGAGGCCCUGCCAGAAGAUGGCGCUGCUCGGCCCAGCCUGCGGGUCGGUGGAGGGGCAGAGACCAAUCUGGGGCAUGGUCGUGGACACCCCACCGAUGGAGGUGGCGAGGGGGAUGCCUCUCGCCCCACGGAGCCAGGGGUGGCUGCGGCGGGGGUGAGCGAGUCCUCUGGGGACGUGGAGCAUCACGGGAAGCCAGCGACAGCCCGUGCCGAGCCCCACGGCAGCGCUCACGAGACGGGCCGGCCCACCGCCCCCGUGGAAAACCAGCCUCUGCUGCAGACCCCGGUGGCCUCCGCACACGCCCACGGGGUAGCCCCUCUCCCCAAGCGGAACUGCGCCUGA